GGCCGGGCUGCCGCUGGGCUCGUGCGUUCUGCGCCCGCCGCGGCGGUGCCGAGUCCGCUGGCUUCUGAUUGUCCUCUGCGGCGGUCGCUGCCUCCCUGCCUCCGGGCCCGGGGCUUCAAGGGCCAGAGCGGGCGCGCCUCCCGCGGACCACGGCUGCCCAGAACAGAAACAGCUUAUGAGAUUUGUACCUCGCGGCAGACAGUGUGGCUGGAGGCCGUAAAACUGGAAUUCCCUGCAGCUUUUUGAGGAUAGAGUAUUUGGAGUGUGUAGUCCCCACCUGCAGCCUGCAGCAUGCCAGCCUUGUCAACGGGAGCUGCGAGUGACACAGGUCUGUAUGAGCUGUUGGCUGCUCUGCCAGCCCAGCUGCAGCCACAUGUGGAUAGCCAGGAAGACCUGACCUUCCUCUGGGAUAUGUUUGGUGAAAAAAGCCUGCAUUCACUGGUAAAGAUUCAUGAAAAACUUCACUACUACGAGAAGCAGGGCCCUGUACCCAUUCUCCAUGGCGCGGCAGCCUUGGCCGAUGACCUGGCCGAAGAGCUUCAGAACAAGCCAUUGAACAGUGAGAUCAGAGAGCUGUUGAAACUACUGUCAAAACCCAAUGUGAAGGCUUUACUCUCUGUACAUGAUAUCGUGGCUCAGAAGAAUUACGAUCCUGUAUUGCCUCCUAUGCCUGACGAUAUUGAUGACGAGGAAGACUCGGUCAAAAUAAUCCGUCUGGUCAAAAAUAGAGAACCACUGGGAGCUACCAUUAAGAAGGAUGAGCAGUCUGGGGCGAUCGUUGUGGCUAGAAUCAUGAGAGGAGGUGCAGCAGACAGAAGUGGUCUUAUUCAUGUUGGUGAUGAACUUAGGGAAGUGAAUGGGAUACCAGUUGAGGAUAAGAGGCCUGAAGAAAUAAUACAGAUUUUGGCUCAGUCUCAGGGAGCAAUUACAUUUAAGAUUAUACCCAGCAUCAAAGAGGAGACACCAUCUAAAGAAGGCAAGAUGUUUAUCAAAGCCCUCUUUGACUAUGAUCCUAAUGAGGAUAAGGCAAUUCCAUGUAAGGAAGCUGGGCUUUCUUUCAAAAAGGGAGAUAUUCUUCAGAUUAUGAGCCAAGAUGAUGCAACGUGGUGGCAAGCAAAGCAUGAAGGUGAUGCCAAUCCCAGAGCAGGCUUGAUUCCCUCCAAGCAUUUCCAGGAAAGGAGAUUGGCUCUGAGACGACCAGAAAUAUUAGUUCAGCCCUUGAAAGUUUCCAGCAGGAAAUCAUCUGGUUUUAGAAGAAGUUUUCGUCUCAGUAGAAAAGAUAAGAAAACAAAUAAAUCCAUGUAUGAAUGCAAGAAGAGUGAUCAAUAUGAUACAGCCGACGUACCCACCUAUGAAGAAGUGACACCAUAUCGGCGACAAACUAAUGAGAAAUACAGACUCGUUGUCUUGGUUGGUCCUGUAGGAGUAGGGCUGAAUGAACUGAAACGAAAGCUGCUGAUCAGUGACACACAGCACUACGGUGUGACAGUGCCCCACACUACCAGAGCAAGAAGAAGCCAGGAGAGUGAUGGUGUUGAAUAUAUUUUUAUUUCCAAGCAUUUGUUUGAAACAGAUGUACAAAAUAACAAGUUUAUUGAAUAUGGUGAAUAUAAAAACAACUACUAUGGCACGAGUAUAGACUCAGUUCGGUCUGUCCUUGCUAAAAACAAAGUUUGUUUGUUGGACGUUCAGCCUCACACAGUGAAGCAUUUAAGGACACUUGAAUUUAAGCCCUAUGUGAUAUUUAUAAAGCCUCCAUCAAUUGAGCGUUUGAGAGAGACAAGAAAAAAUGCAAAGAUUAUUUCAAGCAGAGAUGACCAAGGUGCCGCAAAGCCUUUUACAGAAGAAGACUUUCAAGAAAUGAUUAAAUCUGCACAGAUAAUGGAAAGUCAAUAUGGUCAUCUGUUUGACAAAAUUAUAGUAAAUGAUGAUCUCACCGAGGCAUUCAGUGAGCUAAAAACAACUUUUGACAAAUUGGAGACAGACACCCAUUGGAUACCAGUGAGCUGGUUACAUUCAUAACUAAGGGAAAGUUCCAUAUUCAUCUUUUUUAUAGAGUGCAUGAUUAAAUCAGUUACCGUUUUGGUAGUAGGGUUUUUAAAUGUAGAUCACUGUCAUAGAUGUACAGUCUUGGUUAAAUUUAUUGCCAGUUUUGUUCAUAUCUUUUUACAACUUUAUUUCAAACACAGACCCCAAAUCAAAGUUUGCACAGUACUGUAUUGUGAAGGAAACUUUGAACCUCUGGUUGUUUUUAACAUAGCUCUGUCUGCAAGAUGAGGUUGAAUUUUUUAAAGAGACACAGCUAGAGACUUAAUAUGUAUCUGAGUUCUGCACUUCAGUUGGUCUCAGACGUGAUGGCUGCCAUCGAGUUUGCAUGUUCGCAGUUGAAGGUAUUAACUUAGCGGCCUUGAGCAGCUCCAGACAGACAAGACAGCUUUGCUAUUUCCAGAUGGACCAUCACGGAUUUAACUGAGCUGACAGUAAAGAGUCCUCUCACUAUUCAAAGAGUGCAGACUUUUUCUUAGGGAUCCACAAUAUGUUCACAGUGUGUGCAUUUUUAAAUCUUUCUUAAAGGAGUAACUGAAAAUUUACCCUGACUGAGUGGCCUUCAUAUCAAAGCUUGAGAAGUCCUUGAGUACGUAUCAAUGACAGAUCUUUAAUAAGGGAAAAUAGACUUUUAAAAAUUAUUAUACAUGUAACUAAAAACCUUUCCUUAUGGCAUUAGUCUUAGUAAGAAUGGUGAUGUCUUGGGGCAAGAAAUGAUUACAAAGGACAUUUUUAUUUAUAAAUUCUCAGAAGACAUUUCUGGAAUCACCAAAAAGGUUUUCUUAGCUGGCUUUGGGUUGUCUCCAUAAAUUAUAAGAAUGUGAUUCCUAUUGUAAAACAUGCUUUACAUAUUACUGAUAUAGUUAAAGAAAUGUGAUCAUUUUUCAGAUAUGUGCAAUUGAUUACCACGUAUUUAAAUUUCACUAAGAUGUGUUUUGGAAAACUUUUCAUGUAAUGUUAUUUCUUUGUCAUCAAAGUGAUUCUUAACACUGGCCAGAUACCCUUCUAACAUUGCCAUUGUUGAAGUUUGAGAGAGACUAUUACAUUGUAGAUAUUUAGGUAGGAUCUCUCAUUUUUCAUUGAUACUACAGAUCUUCAGCAAGUGAAUUAUAUAGUUCCAAAUACUAGAAAUGCCCAUAAGUUCUGUAAGAGAACAUGUCCUACCAUUCUUGCAUGCAGUAAGACCCUGCCAAUUGAAAAUCACUGCAUCUGUGACUUUCAAACAGAAAAAAAAACAUGUUAUUUUUUGUUGAUUUGUAAAGGGAGUUUAGAUGUCAUGUUUAAAGAAAGAUAGAAUGUAGUGAAAUUUUAUAUAUUUAUGAAAUAUUUGAAAGGAAUAUUUUUUUAACUAUCAAAUUGAGCUAUUCAUAAAAUAAAUUGAUUGUAUGUAAAGAUGUCAUAAUUUAAAAUAAUAGUUUUAUAAAUCAACGUUAACAUUCCAUGUAAAUAUUUGACCUUUACCCAGAUACAUCCACAAGUGGGUUAUAUGUGCCCUGCACAUUCAGUAGCAUUAUUCGCUGGAUUUCCUUCAGACAUGCCAAAUUGCACAUUAGAAAUAGGCAGAUGUAACUCCAAUGGCCUUGAUAUACAUUCACACCAAAAUAGGUAGAUAAUGAGACUAAAUGUUAUAUAACAACAUAAUUCAAACAGUGAAUUCUAAGUUUAUUAAUUAAAUGGCAAGCAAUUUAGUUAAAAAAAAAAAAAAUCAAGGAGAGUGUUACCAAAUCCAAUGGUAAAGCCAUACUUUGAAGUUGUGUGUGGCUGGUCUAAGAGAAGUACAAGUUUUAAAUAGAUGGUUUGGGUAGAAUAUUUUGACUUUAAUUUCUUAUAAAUCAAGACCCCUUAUACAAAAAAAAAUGAUGGGAAGUGUAUAGUGACUUAGGCAAUCAUCUGAAUAAUUUAGGCAGUCCAAAUUCUUUACUCUGAAAUAUUCAUACUGAUUUUUUUUUUUUCUCAUUUGCAGAUAAUUGCUUUAAUUCUUCACUUUGGAGACAGAGAUAUAGUAUAAGGUGGCAGAAAUAGUCCUUUUUGGUGGUGGUGGUAAUAAAAAUAUAACUGUCCAGAGCUUUCUCCUUUUUUAGACCAGAGCUAGAACAUUAUUUUUAAAAUAAUGAAAAGAAAGGGGCAUUUUGGCAAUUCAAGAAAUCAGGUAGUAUUCAUCGUCUUAUAAGUGGUGUUUGUAUGGCCAUCUUGAUGCUUAGAGAGAUAUGUGAUGAAAAUUUAGUAAGGCAGGGCCCACUACAAGGGUUCAAGGAUAACUGUAGCAAAAGGUCCUUGAUCCUGUAUGGUCCUGACCCCAGCUCCCUUCUCCAGCAAGAACAGCCUAUGCUCCCCACUUGUAGCAGCCUGCUUCCGAGACAGAGAGUCAGCCACUAUUUGAGAGGAAAGGAAUGUUUGCUUUUUUAAGGCCAUAUAUUUAAAAUCCAAGACCAAGAAGGAAGUUCUAUACUCCCAUGAUUAAAAAAUUAGAAUUGGUUAAAAAUAAAAAGGUGAACUUGAAAUAUAAUUUUUUUAGCAUGAUUUUACUAACCAGUAUGAAAGUUCUUGGUAUUUUAUAAGGCUGACAUUUUUGGUAUUAUAUGAUUGAAUGUAUCUAAAUUGUAAUAAUUUAAA